AUGCACUGCCUGAAGGCUGUCCUCCCGCAGCCGGCUUUCAGUACUUCCGCAUUCACUUACUCACCUCUUCACCGUCAGGCAGCAAAGACUCGAAUUAUUGAGCUAAUGGAUCAGCAUUUUGACCUGGUUGAUUAUCCGGGAACCUAUGAAACAAGAAAACCAAUAGUGCGCAAAAUGAUUUCCUUGUCACUCGCAGCCAAUGUCACCUCGCUUUUCACUGCUUUCUCUGGCGUGGACUCGGAACGCAUGGGUGAGUCUUAGCGCUGUCGAAUGUUGAAUUCGACUUCCCCAUGAUCUAGUAACUGUUGUAAUGCACUGAGUGAAUUAAUAUUCUCUGUUCUGCAAGGAAGCUAUGACCACAGGAUUUCGCACAAUAAAAGAGACCUCCGCGUCCCAGAUAUGGACUGCAUCUCUGUUUCAGUGCCUUAUAACACUUAUUCGAAUCCCCGACCUCGUGUACACACAUGUCGCAUGUCCUACUUCGACUUCGAAUGCUGCUUUAAGUGGAACCUACACUAUGCACGGUCGCAAAUUCUACGUUAAAAUUUGGUCGUUUCUAGUAUCAGGCGCACCUGUGAGAAACCAGCGGCGCACGCAUUUCAAAAAGAGAUUUGUUGCUCAGCUACCCGUUAUUUAAGGUAUGAAGAUUGUGUUAUAUGAAUUCCUGUUGAUUUACCAUAUCUGCAGCACAGAUGCAGCGAACGAUUACGCUCAUACUGCGUGCAUAACUUCACGAAAGACUUCCAAUAAAGUGCAAACUGGUUUAAGUGCAUAGUCAGAAACGGCCUGUUUAGAGCGGGACACCAUCGGCUAACUGGAGUCGUUAAAUGGUGUAUCGAAAACAAUGUGUCAUCGGUUAGAAGUGAUAAGAUUUAAAUGUAAGAACCCGCAGCAGUUAAAUAAAGUGAAUGAUCCCAAUUGCACUAGAUAUGUCCAGACACAGUCAGUUAAAACGAACACCGUUUCGAAUAUUGCCAAAAAAUCACGUAAUGUCGAGGCAGGCGAUCAGUCAAGUGGUUUAGAAUUUGCGUAGUUUUGUUAACUUUGCAUUAAGGGAUGUGUAGUUGACCACAUUGAGGAGGAGUUGGGAAAAGUAAGUGGGUGUAAACGUCUGGGAAAUAUGGGUUUCGCGAGGUCUGAUAUGAAGGGUUCGGUCAGCGGUGAAGAAAUAACAAUAUGUAAUAGGUGAUCUAGAUCAUGAGAUACUGGGAUUCGAAAGUGUGAUUUUAAUGGUGGAGUGCGCUCGCCAAUCGUUCUUAUGGAACUCACUCAUUUCAUUGUGCCCUACGGGCUCUCUCUGGCUUAUUAGCCGUCGUUAGCCAGUCAUACCUGGGACUCGAACUCGCGACCUGUUAGUUAGAAUUCAAAUGCGUCUAACCACUGUGCCACGGGCCCGUUGUCCUGUUGGUUUUCGAUCGGGAAUAAACAAUGGUAGGGGCGCUCACCGAUCGUUCAUACGGAACUCACCCGUUCCGUUGUGCCUUACGAGUUUUCUCUCGAGCCCAACCAGCAGCCGCACAGCGGCGCAUGAUAUAGGCAGAAUGGCAUUACCGAAAAAGACAAAGGACACUGGAAUGGCCAUUUCUUGGCUUAACAGCCGUCGUCAGCCAAUCAUAGUCGACCCCGAAGUGUGGAACACCUAGGGCUCGAACUGGCGACCUGUUAAUUAGGAGUACAACGUCUCUAAGCGACAGGCCAGUUCUGUCGGUUAGGGACGUUGGAUAUCUAACCAACAGGUUGCGGGAUCAAGCAUUAGAUGCUCCACGCCUAGGGGCUAGAUGUGAUGGACUGAAGACAGUUGAUAAGCCGACAAUGUCCAUCCCAGUCUUCCUUGUCUUUGUCGGGAAAGUCAACAUGAUUUCGGCUUUAAAAGCAUACUGCUUAGAAUCACAAGAUCGUUCAGCAUGCAAGCAGGUCUCAAAAUAUUUUGUUUGCCCGUUGAUGCUGGAGGCAAAAGUUUAAGAAUAUAUUUUUCUUGUUUUCUGUUAGGUAUGCUGGAAUCUUUAAGGGCCUCAUAUAUAAUUGGACAACAUGCAUGAUAAACAGCUGUGAUCUGCCCAUAUGACAGUGAAUACGCAUAUUCAAUAGUCAGCAUACUGACGUGAAUGAAAUUCCGUAUGAUUAUGCGUACGUUAAUCAGUAUUGCGGUCCCAAUGAGCCUAGAAAACAUUUGGGAAUAUGAGGCAUUUUCCGAACUAAGUCGUUUAUUAUAAUGAGCAGAUAAGAUGGUAUGCAAGUUUAUCUAUAUUAUCAAACAUAUCUUUCUUUGAGUCGGUUGAAUUUGAAAGUGUCCAUAAAAUUUAAGUGAAUAAUUUGCGACUUUCGAAGUUUACAACCGACUCCCCGAAUAAACAGCUUCCGUAAUUUCUAAAUUACGAAAACUCUGAGCCUUCCAAAUAGGUAAGGGCUUUCUGGGUAAUGUUUUUGCAGUUAAUGGCGCAGGCAGUGUCAUUGGACUCAUCAUGACAUGCAACCUAACUGAGAAACAUAGUGGAUCCCGAAAGUAAAUAUGUAUUUAAUCACACGUAGAAGUUUCUCCAAUAGGCGUUUUCUUGUCAAGGGCAUUAUUAGAGCCUUUACCAAGUAAAUACACUGCUUUGCAAAACAUGAUCAACAUAAACAUACAGCCGAUAGUUAUGUCGCGGGCGGAAAAUUUGAAUUUUCUCCUGAAUUUUGAUCCGCAUCGAACGAGUGUAAAUACACCGCAGAGGGAACGCGGCUUUCACCCUUUAGCUCCCUAUUCACAUCGAUAAACAGACAUAGAAUCAUUUGUCACAUUAGUAAAUUGGGAAAUUCAAAAGUUAGUGCUAAGUGUGAGUCAGGCGCAAACUGCCGCCAUUAAAAUAAUUUGGGAUUAUAUAAACAAUAGUUUUUCAGCAAAUAAGCGUCUAGUCUGCAUUUAAAAAGUUCAACAAAUUCGGAAAAAAACUACCGCGUCACGGAGGCGAGCAGACAGAAUGGGAUAGAGUGAGAUCCAAACCACAACAAUGAGUGUCAAACGUCUACUUGGCAUGCUUAUAUACCUCGUUUCAUAAGGCCUAUAAUGUACUGAUUAUAGGUAAUGAACGUGAAAAAGCUGUCUGCGUCUGGCCUGUUGCACUCUUAGCCAGCUGCAAUAUAUAUAUAUAUAUAUAUAUAUAUAUAUAUAUAACUGCCUGCGAGGGUUUAAGUAUGAGCCCCAAGGCACAACGGAACGAGCAUGUUCCGUAACCUGAUCGGUGAGCGCCCACUGUCAUAAUUAAUAUUCCCGAUCACAACCGACAGGACAACGGGCCCGUGGCUCAAUGGUAGAGCGUUCAACUCCAUGACCAAAGAUCCCGGGAUCGAAUCUCAAGUGAUCCACACUUGGGGUUGGGUAUGACUGGCUGAUGACGGCUAAUAAGCCAGAAAUGGCCAUUCCGGUCUCCCUUGUCUUUGUCGGUAUUACCUUUUCAUAUAUAUAUAUAUAUAUACAUGUACGCAGAAAGUGGGUACCAACAAAAGCAGGGGACAUUGCGAUGAUCGUGACCGUCAAACUCGACCUCUGUUUGGGAUGGCCAGGAAUUCCAAUCAGGAUUACCGUGUUAAAUGAUAGCCAUUAAGCCACCGACAGAGCAUUCAGUCAGCUGUGUUUGAUAAUGUUUGGAGUUCUGUUACGCGCAGAGAACAUCAUUCACACGGAUAAAAAUAACUUGCUGGUCUCAGUUAUUUCUUCGUUAGAAUAUGAAGAUACAAAGCUUAGGCAGGUUUACGACCGACUGGCCCAUUUACAUUUCGUGUUUCCAUAGCCUGCGCUGAAGAAGGACAAACAGUUACUGCACUUUACAGUUUUUUUUAUCUGCGCUCUGUAUAUUACGAUGUCGAGGACUUAUCAAAAAGGGAAAUCUAAAUUUAGCUAAUUGGUUAACCAAUUCAUUUUGCACUGAAACGAUUUAAAUUUCACUACUACUACUACUACCACUACUACUACUACUACUACUUCUACUACUACUACUACUACUUCUACUACUACUACUUCUACUACUACUACUACUACUACUACCACUACUACUACUACUACUACUACUACUACUACUACUACUACUGAUGUCGACUCUUUUUCUUUCCAUCGCUCUCCAUAGUCACUUGCAAUCGCCCACUGACUCCGGACCAGUUACGGUGGAUGCGCAGCCUAGAAGAGAGAAGAGCAAAGUACUUGUUGACCGCUUCGCAGGCGGUACGCACCCGUUCCAAACCAGAGCAUACAGUCGAUUCAAUCAUGCCUUCUGCCGAGUGUCUACGAGACCCUUCUCCCCCUGCUCCCCUGGAUGCGGCGACGGCAGCGGAGGAGGAUUUCCUCGCGACAAUCGAAGACCUACAGGAAUUUGCUGGAUGCUGGCCUCUCAAUGUCGGACUGUCUUGGCUCCUCAACUGUUCUCUAGAAGCCCUCACGGCCACCAUUCCGCCGAGUUGUGCGUUUUUAUCUGACUGGCCUCCAACGGGAUAAGCUAUAGUCAUUUGUUAAACGCCGAAGGCAACACUCCAAGUACUGAUGAGUUAGUUGAUUCGAAUAUGCCUUUAUUGACACGUACUGUCUGAAGGGCGCGACCUUUGUGUUUAGACGCAAAUUAGUCAGGGAAGUUAAAUUCAGCAGGCAUUACUAAUGAGUUUUUGGAUCUAGGCGCUUACUUUACCUUCCACAACUUCGUGCCCAGCAACGUUCGAAGGGGUAAAGUACAGGUCGUCAAAAUAGCCUACUGGAAGCACUAAAGUAGGAAGAAUUUUCCUGCUGUAAUUCUGGACAGUAAAAUAUCUCCGAGACCCAGCUGAUUGGCGUUGCGCAAUCAAACGUCUGAUGCGACCGACAGUUUGGUUGUCGUUGCCGACGAUGUCCACCGUGUGCUCCACUUAAAAGUGAAGCAGACACGGUGACUUGUGCGUGAAUUAGUUUAUAGGGAUAGUAGACUUGCGCAGCAUUUACCGCACUAUCUCUUCCUCGCUCCCCACCUGGACCCGGUGUCAAAACAGAGUCAAGAAGACCGGAGGUGAGGGAGGGCGCAGGGGGAUGGCACGGUCGAGCCCGCAGCUUGGUGCUGCACUCCACACCUCUUGAUCCGACAAGAAUCUCGUUGAUGACUUUGCCACACUUUCGGUGGACACGUCCAAGCGUCCACAUUUCUGGACGCCUUGUCAGCGCCUUAUCAUUCGGAUGGAACGACCGUUACUCCGUUGCCUGGAUCGAAUGGCUUCUCCAAUGACGUCAAGUGGACUGUUUUGCGACCAAGAUCCCGUUGUUCGUCGACAGAUGACACCGGAUGAAUUACGUCGAAUAGCGUGCAAGGUAGUCUCUGAAUUAAAGCUACUGACAGACAGACACAGUUUGGAGCGUUCGGGUUUGUAGUUGCCUGUUCUGAGAGCGUUUUCUGUAGUGCGUUCCGAUUUUGACUUCUGAAUAGCUCCCUUGAGCGUGUCGGCAGAUCGUUCAACCUGUGAUUUGGACUGCAGGUUGUAUGGAAGCGGACGCAAGUACUUUAAGCCUCUGUGCUUGCAAAAUUAGGCGAAGGUGGCUACCGUAAAACUACCCUCCAUAAUCAGUCAUCAAAAUAGUAAAAUCUGCUGAGCGUUCGUCAAAGUGUUGAUUGUGGCUCUGGCUAUAGUGCGUUUCCGGAGGAAGAUGUUGGAUCAUAUGUGGUACGCAUGGACGGAUAUAAGGAAGUUUUGACUAUUGAUCAGUAAUCGACGUGGACACUGGACUACGGGACCCGUGAAACAGGCCAUGACUUGAGUGUGGCUUUUGUUGGCGGCUUUGAUUUGAGCGAUCAUUCAGGGCGUGAGGGAACCAGCUGGUCCCGUAUUUGGUCAAGUACGGAUUAGUGUGAGCGAGAGUAUUCUUGCGGUCUAUGGCCGGCUGUCCAGUUUAAAACUGCCUUACAACACGUGCUCGCAGUUUCUGUGGCACAGUGACAGGCUUGGAGAACAAGUUACAGUCCUUAAUGGUGGAGAGGAAAUCUUCUCGUUGGUGGAAAUGCCGUAAUUCUCCAGAAGGAAUGCGAGCCGCUGAGUGCAAUGGUACUUUGUGUCUUACCUCAGCAGAGGAUCCGGUUGUGUUGCCUUUAGGACUUCUUCAAAAGUGACAGAGAAUACACGAAUGGAAUCAAUAAACGGUCAGAAAACCUAAGACUCAACGGGAACGGAUCCGUUAUUUAAUUAAGUAUGAGAGUGCAUCUGCCUGCCCGAUAUUUGCGAUAGACCGAUAUCGGAUACCGAAGUCGUAUCCCAGCAGCACGGUCGCCAAACGCCGAAGACGAUUGCCGAGUACACGAAAAUGCGCUCCGAAAAUUGUAAAGAGGCUUAUGGACCGUUAAAAGUAUGAAAUGACGACCAUGAAGCAUCUUGGGAAACUUCUUUAGGGCCACUAUACUACCCAAGGCCUCCUUUUCGAUCGUCCAUUUUUUGGGUUCCACGGACGCAGGUUACCUUGCGUCAUGACAGAUAGUAUUUUUUGUAUUGUCUGGAAAGGCACAUGAAAUCACGGCGCCAAUUCUAUACAUGGAGGCGUACCCUGGAACGACGAUCUUAAGAUUGAGGUUGGAGUGAGUGAGCUGCAAGUCAGAGCGCAACAUUGCUUUUACUUCAUCAAAGGCUUGUUGACAUUCUAGCGGCCAAUUCCAUUUGGCAUCAGGUUUGACUAGUUCAUUGAUCGAACGACGAAGGUGGAAAAUUUCUGGAAGUAAACAGUCGUGCUGACGCCUGAUACCCCAGGUGUCAGAGGAAUCCACAUCCUUUGGUGCAGACAUCUGGCCUAAGGGGUUAGUGUUAUCUGGAUUUGAAUGGGGACCCCCCUGGUUUAUCGUGAAUCCAAUGUAGAGUAGAUGAGCCCCCUCGAAGGUUUCAGGGAGUUGCUUGACGAGUGCGUCAAUAGCGAAAUCACAAGGUUUCGUAGGCUAAACCAUAUCAGUGUACCGCUCGUGCGACUUGUUAAUCAGUUGACGUAGCAACGGGCGAACCUUCCACAAAUUAUCAUUUUGCGUCAGCAAAUUCAGCGCGGAAAAUGCCUUUCCACUGUUAGAGCCAUGAAUCGAAGUCCAGACCCGCAUUAGGAUCAUAAAUAAACUUAGUAAUGUUAGAAAAAACUGCGUCCGCUGACGUGAACAGCUUCCCAUAGGAUGCUAAGAAAUGAAAGUGCAAAAUGGGGUUUUGCAUCGUGCAUCGCGUCAUCUUUAGGUGGACUGCUUCUAACUAAGCCUACUGUGUCUGCUUUUGUUGCAGGAUAGACAGUAAUUCUUCAGCCUAAGCAGACAUUUUAUGUACUGCAUGCUCCAUAUGUAAUGAAUAUGUCGCAUAAAUCAUCGGCCGUCGGUCCAACAGCUCGUUUUAAUUGAAUUCCCAAACAAAAAUUCAACAUCAAGAGCGAAAGAAGAGUAGCUACUGGCUUAUUUUACCAGCGUAAAUAAGGCGGAAAUCGAACAUGCGGAACAUCCAAGGUCAGACCGGAGUUGGCCAAUGAUAUGGCGUCCUUGAGUAGUCGACGUAUCGGAUAGAAUCGACCUCAUCUGCCUGGCCGGGUAGAACUCUAAUCCUCUAAGGAGAUGAAGUGACAUCAGCAAGCGCAUGGCGCGUAGGGGCGGAUUGAUAAGACGGUGUGAAUUUGAGUCGGUUAGAACGACUCCUCCUUCUGCAUGACAUUGACUUUACCAUGGAGGUACAUAGGAAAGCAUAAUCCCAGAAUGUCAUGCUGUUUGCUAAAUAUUGCUGUGAGCGUACUUUUUUAGUUGCCUUUUAGUCAAUUUCGGAUACAUUUUCAUGUAUGGGAGAGCCGAUCAGGCGACAGUUUUUGGCCCUUAGAGGCAUGGGUCUGUUUUAUAACUGCUUUUUGAACUCCCGAUGUCUCAUGCACUGACGUAUGUAUACGUCAAAAUGGUUACACCGGUUAGGAAAGUAAUUUGAUGAGGCAUUUUAUCUCUGAUCAAUGAGUCAUGACUUAGUUGAAUAGGUUAUAAGCGGAACUCCGAUUUUGAGAUGACUUACGUUACGCACGCCCAUUUUGUUACAGUCAGUGGCGAAGAUGGCCGCAUCUGGGCCACGGCCUUGGUACUGGUACUGCUCGAAGUAAAGAUUCCUUGGCGCUCCGAUGAUUGGCGUCCCCUCGCCAUGAAAGGAAGAUCCUGGCUCGCGAAACAUCUUCCACGCAGGAAGGCCACUGAAGGAGAAGGAGAAGGAGGAGGAGGAAGUGGAAAGAGCAACUCACUCGAUGAACUUCGCUCUCUGGCCAAAACCACCCUUGCCUCUCUCAUUUCCUUUCCCUGA